UUGCCAGCAUCUGUUGCUCAUUUCACAAUCGUCCCGCCCAUGCUGUGGUCUAUUAGUCAAAGAGUUCUUCUGGUUUAGAUGACUUUCUACUGUCUCUACUCUCCUACUAUGCAGACAGAUAACUGCCACUAAAGAAGACUCGUCACAGACUCUCAUGUGGUAAGAGAAGCCCCAGAGUGCACCUCUGUGGACUCAUUUUACAGUCAACUCCAGCCCUCGUCUCUUUCCUCGUUGCUCCCCUGAAAACCCGAACAUCCUCCUCCUCCUCGGUGACUCCCCUCUACUCCCCACAUUCCUCCUCAGUAGAGGGCACACACAGCCGGCUGCUCAGGCUCAGGUCCACGAUGACGAGCAUGGGGCUCCAGAGGAGGCUAUGGCUGUGCUUCCUGGGUGUCAGCUUCCUGCCAGUCAUCUAUAUCAUCUAUUUGAACCUUGAGAUCACCUGGCGCAUGGACAACCUGAACCUGACACAAUUCCCUGGCAUCUGGUACACACAGGAACCCAAGAGGUUACAUGACCCUGAAGAACCUCUAGUCAAUACGCUGUCAGAUAAUAGUAGUAUCGCACCACCAACACCUUUAAGUUUAAAGGUGAAGUCCACAUCCCCUGCCAGAGUCAGACCGUCAACAGAACCUGGAGCCAGGACUACCAAGGGCUCUGAUCUUAAAGGUGCUCUCCUCAAGUCCGCCAAACCAACAGAGCCACCCUUCAUUGGCGACAGCUACUACAGUGAAGAUGCCCCACCUCAAACAGACUGUCCAGACAGUAUUCGUAGCAGGGUGCCCCAGACAGACUUUGGGGUACGGUAUCUGGGCAGGAUCCCUGUGCUUCAGUGGGCCAAGCAUGCCACUCCAGAACAGUACCAGCGCCUCCGACUGUAUCCAGGGACUCAUGGCUGGGCAAACCUCGACUUUAACACUCUGGUGUCGACCCUAUCUGUUCUCAACACGUCAGCCAACUGGCACAUGUUUGAUGACUGGGAUCGUCGUAGCAACGGCUCACUGUGUGUCCGCUGUGCUGUCGUGGGCAACGGAGGGAUUCUGAAUGAGUCAAAGAAAGGCCAUGAGAUUGACCAGCAUGACUACGUAUUCAGGACCAACGGAGCUGUCAUUAAAGGCUUUGAGCAGGAUGUGGGCUCCAGAACAUCCUUCUACACGUUCUCCACCAACACACUGCGGAACUCCAUGAGGAGCUACGCCGGAGAGGGCUACAGAGGACCACCGCUCUCUGAGGAGACACGCUAUGUCUUCCUGCCAGACCAUGACAGGGAUUAUCUGCUGAUGAAAGCAGCUGCCACACACACUCCAGUAGAGAGAGGACCAGAAAGGAGCAAAACACCUCCCACAUACUUUGGAGGAAAUGUGACCGUAGAAAAGUUGAAGAUGUACCAUCCAGAUUUUAUACGCUACAUCAGAAACAGGUUCCUCCGGGCCCACGCCAUGCAGACCAAAUACAAGGACAUCUACCGUCCAUCAACAGGUGCUGUGAUGCUGCUGGCUGCGAUACACACCUGUGACCAGGUGAGUGCGUAUGGCUUCAUGACUCCAGACUAUGUGAAAUACUCUGACCACUACUUUGACCGCCAAUAUCACCCAGUGGGUUUCUUCAUUAACCAUGACAUGAGGAUGGAGAUGACACUGUGGCAACAACUCCACCGUGCAGGCCUCAUCACUCUCUACAUGCGCCAGUGAACUCAGGAACUAACUCACUCAAGGUUGCUACGGCAACGACCACCUCCCGUAGGAUUUAAAAAUUGUCAAACUGUAUAUUUAUAUAUUAUUGAACAAAAAAAUAUAAAUUCAAAUGGUGUCGGUUUUAUGAGCUGAAAUAAAACAUCCCAGAAAUGUUCCGUAUGCACAGAAAGCUUAUUUCUCUCAAAUGUUGUGCACAAAUUGUGAACAUCUGACAGGUUUGGCAUUUUAGGCAGAGUUCCUCUGUUCAGUGUCUGUGUUCUUUUGACCAUCUUAAUCUUUUAUUGGCCAGUCUGAGAUAUGGC